UCGUUAGGACGGGCUGCGUCCCAAAUCUAAUCCAAAUUAAACUAAAAAUCAUGUCUUUUAAGCAAGAUUUGCGUCAAUUACUAAAGCCCUAUUACUGGGUCAACAUUUUACUAAGCAUUUCAUACGUUACGGCUAAAAGGACGGGUGUGAUUUGCAAUUUUCUGUUCCCCGAUGUGGAUUGCGAGUUAGACAGUCGAGAAACGGAAAUCCUAUUUUUCCUAAUUAUCGUCGUGAUGCUGCGGACCCGGAAGGCGGGAAGUGUGACGAUGGUCAACUAUUUGUCGUCUUCGUUCGUGUAUACGAAGAUUGCUAACCUAAUUUUAUGGUUAUAUGCUGAUGUGAGAUAUGGCCUACCAUACGGCGCUCUGCUCAUCCUGACUGCUCUCCUCAUCCCGGAGCCCACCUACACGGGCCCGGAGCACAUAACCUACUUCCGCGGCGUCAGCACCCUGGAUGAAGAGCUCCGACACAAAGGGAACACUUGGCUGGUCUGCUUGUAUGCGGCGUGGCACCCGGCCUGUGUCAACUUUGCUCCGGUGUUCGCUGAGCUGUCUGCGAGCUAUGGCUUGGAGAAUCUGAAGUUUGGCAAGAUGGAUAUUGGCAGAUACCCAGAGGCGGCAGCGAGGUACCGGAUCCAAGACGGGCCGACCAGUCGGCAGCUGCCCACCGUGUUGUUGUUCACUGACGGGGCGGAGUCCCUGCGCCGCCCGCACCCGGACACCCAGGGCAAGCUACAGAAAUUCUUAUUCUCUAAGGACAAUGUGAAAGCUGCCUUCGACUUGGACGCGCUGCACCAACAGUGCAAGGAGAGGAUCGCUACCAAACCCAAAGACAAGAAGACACAAUAGACAAGACUAACAGAAUUGUGUGUUCGUGUCUUUUUCUUUUUGUCCAGCCGGCCUAGCCAAGGUUACAAUCGCUAUCGCUUCGACAACGAGCAUUAUGUAUCUUUAUCACUCUUCCAUAUUAGUGUGACAGUGACAGUUGCGUUUCGAUUGCUAUGGAGCGUAAGCGAUUGGCAUCUUAGCUAUGCAGCAAGUGAUUCCUUUUCAAUCAGUGAUAUACAGUGAUCGGAGAAAUCAUCGCAAAACCGUCAAAAAUCAUUUAUAUCUCAAAAUAUGACAAGAUUUAUUAAACUCAUAUUAUGUACACGGUACCUUUAUAAAAUUUCCAGAUUAUACCCAAAAACUGCAGUUCAAAAUUGUUAAAAAAAAUUGUAUCAUGUUCCAUACAAUAUUUAUUAUUGCGAUAAAUUGACCGAACUCUGGUGGUAUAGUUAUAGCACUACCUUAUACAUAUAACAAAGUCCCUCGUCGCGUCUGUCUGUUUGUGUGUACAUAGGCAACAUACACAAACAUAAAGCCAGCAGCAGAAGUUGCUAAGCGGGCGAGGUGGUCAAAAUUACCUUCACACGCUCUUAUUCUCUUAAUAAUAAAGUCGCGUCAAGAUCAUUUUGAACACCUGGCCCGCUUAGCAACUUCUGCUGCUGACUGUACAUAAUUUCGCGAUAAACUCAAACACUACUGAACGGAUUUUCUUUCGUUAGAUUCUUUGCGGUUUUCACCUAUCAGUAUAGCGAGGAAGUUUUAGGUGUAUAAUUUGUAGAGAUGCACCGGAUAUCCGGUUACUAUCCGGCCUAACCGGCCAUUAUGUUACUAUCCGGCCGGAUACCGGAUAGUCACAUUGCUUGAUUUCGGAGUAAAUAAAUUGGAUUUAAGAAACAGACACGGUCAUAAUCGUACUUGUUUAUUAUUUUAAAACAAUUAUUCAUUCCACUGCCUUGCACGCGCACUCAUUUCGAACCUAGAAAUGAGUCCGCGCGAACGUUCACUAGGAAACAGGUCAAACCUGCAGAAUGCGCACCUGAAAAAUGUAGGUAUAGUUCGCUGGCCGAAUAUUCGGCGGCCGGAUACCGAAUAUUUGACCGAUGGUCAGGCUGAAUAACCGGUCUCCGGCCAAACAACUAUCCGUUGCAUCUCUAAUAAUUUGUGAAGGUUUUGUGUAAACCGUGCGAAGUCGGGGCAGGUCGCUAGUUGUAUCUAAAAAUGUAAGUAAUUUUUGAAAAAGAUACACUUACCGAAAAGUUAGUUCUAAAAAUUUUAAAGUAUAAUUUUAAGUACAAUUUUUCUAUAUUACACCAGCUAAGUGAUAUCAAUCUUUAGUUAAUUAUUUAUUAUACUUUUAAAAUUAGUGUAAUAUAGCAGUAUAACUGAGUACAAGUGGCAUUUUUUAUGUUUCUGUCUGUAUUUGACAAGAGUUCAGAUAUAUCUACACUUAUGCUUUUUUAAGCUUUUUGACAAUAAGAAAUUGAUCUGAUUUUUCGUAUUUUCUCUUUGUGUAAGAGUGGCAUAUUUUCAAUGGAUUGUUAGUAUUAUAGUAUUUAAGGUAGAAUUAAAAUUAUGAAAUUACACUGCAUUUUUUAUAUUUGUGUAAUAUUUAUUGUAUUUGUUUGUGUCUGUUAUUUUGUAGUUUUUUUUGUAAAUAAAUCUAGUUUGCCAAUGAAACAAUUGUUUUAAUUAUUUUAAAAAUACCUAGGUAGGUAGGUAACGUGUAUUCGGGUAAUUUCGUAUGUCGGAUAAUUUCGAAAAUUAGUUGAAAAUGACCCAAAAUUCCAUCACAAUAAGAGUCCGUUUUCGGAAUUAUCCAACGGUUU